AUGUCUUCGUCUCGAUCAAAGGGCUCAUCAAAAGGCUCAGGCUCAUCAAGCAGCAAGAACGGAAAAUCAAGCCAGUCCACCCGCCAACUAAUCGAAUCCCUCACCACCCACCGGGUAAACACCCUCACCGAGCUCUGCCGGAUCGAGCGGGUCGCCGCGUCCUGCGAGUCCGAGGACGACGCCCGCGCCUUCCAGGGGCCCAUGACCGCCGCCUGGGCGUACUAUGUCAGCAGCAACCAGAUGCUCUCUGAGCUGCGCGGGCUCACGCCGAAUUACCCCUUUUGCGGGGAUAUCUUGACCUAUGCCCAGGCGCUGGUGAGGAGUGAUCCGGAUUCGAAUAGGAGUUGGAAUCUGGCUUGGUUGUGUCUUGUUAAGAUUGUUGAGGGGAACUUGGUGGCUACCUAUGCCAUGUCUGAAGCGGCCCGGCCGGAGAUGUGGGGUGAGACGCAACCGGAUGAGGAGCAAAUCCAGCAGCUCGCGGCUUGCUUUGAGUAUGAAUGGAAUGGAGCGGUGCAGGCUAUGCUGCAGCACUGGACGGUUGCGCCGACGUGGUAUUAG